AUGUCUUCCAAACUCGACCAGUCUCUUGAAGAUAUCUCCAAGUCCCGUCGCCAGAGUGGACGCGGAAACAACCGUCGCCGCAGCGGUGCUAAGCCUACCACUACCAAGGCGCCCGUUGGAGGAAUCAAGAAAAGCACCAAGCCUGCGAGAAAUCCUCCCAGAGGUCCUGCCAAGGGAACGGCCAUCGGCCCUACUUCUCCUGUCAACGAAAGCAAGAUCAUCGUCAGCGGAUUGCCGCACGAUGUAAGCGAAGCCAGUAUCAAGGACUACUUUGUCAAAACUGUUGGCCCCGUCAAGCGGGUCACCGUCACCUACAACCAGAAUGGUGUCAGCCGGGGCAUUGCAUCAAUCGUCUUCAACAAGCCCGACACCGCCGCCAAAGCUGCCAAGGAAUUGAACGGAACACUGGUCGAUGGACGGCCGAUGAAGGUUGAGGUUGUUGUCGAUGCAACCCAUGCACCUCAAGUUGCCGCUCCUAAGCCUUUGAGCGAGCGCGUCGCCCAACCGAAGGCUCAGCCCAAGCCCGCCACUGCUACCAAAAAUGCCGCCGCCGCAGGUCGCCGUGGCCGCGCCGGUCGCCCAAAGAAGGCCAAGGGUCCCGCUCAGCACAAGAAGACUGCUGAGGAGUUGGAUGCGGAGAUGGAGGAUUAUUUCGUGGGAUCAGAGAAUACACCUGCAGGUGCCGCCGCCACAAACGGUGCUACCGCCGCUGCUGGUGACGAGACCAUGGCCGAGAUCUCUUAA